GGCAGCUCCAAUGGCGUUAAAAUGGAGAAUGAUGAUUCUGUAAAAGAAGAGAAAUCUGACUUAAAAGAAAAAUCUACAGGAAAUAAGAAGGCAAAUAGAUUCCAUCCUUAUUCAAAAGACAAGAAUUCGGGCACUGGGGAAAAGAAGGGUCCUAACCGUAAUAGAGUUUUUAUUAGCAAUAUUCCAUAUGACAUGAAAUGGCAAGCUAUAAAAGACCUUAUGAGAGAAAAAGUUGGUGAGGUUACAUACGUGGAGCUCUUUAAGGAUUCGGAAGGAAAAUCAAGGGGUUGUGGUGUGGUUGAGUUCAAAGAUGAAGAAUUUGUAAAGAAAGCAUUAGAAACUAUGAACAAAUAUGACCUUAGUGGAAGACCCCUGAAUAUUAAAGAGGAUCCUGAUGGAGAAAAUGCUCGUAGGGCACUGCAACGUACAGGAGGAUCAUUCCCAGGAGGACAUGUCCCUGAUAUGGGUUCGGGGUUGAUGAAUUUACCACCUUCCAUUCUCAAUAAUCCAAAUAUUCCUCCUGAGGUUAUCAGUAAUUUGCAGGCUGGUAGACUUGGUUCUACAAUUUUUGUUGCUAAUCUUGACUUCAAAGUUGGUUGGAAGAAGCUAAAGGAAGUGUUCAGCAUAGCUGGAACAGUAAAGCGGGCAGAUAUUAAAGAAGACAAAGAUGGCAAGAGCAGAGGAAUGGGCACAGUCACUUUUGAUCAAGCAAUUGAAGCAGUUCAAGCAAUCUCUAUGUUCAAUGGACAGUUUUUAUUUGAUAGACCUAUGCAUGUGAAAAUGGAUGACAAAUCAGUCCCACAUGAGGACUAUCGCUCACAUGAUAGUAAGACACCACAAUUGCCCCGUGGUCUUGGGGGCAUUGGAAUGGGGCUUGGACCAGGUGGGCAGCCCAUUAGUGCCAACCAAUUGAGCAUGGGAGGUGGAAUGGGAAAUAUAGGACCAGGAAGUAUGGGAAUGGAUGGUCCUGGUUUUGGAGGAAUGAAUAGAAUGGGAGGAGGAGUUGGGUUUGGUGGCAUGGAAACAAUGAAUAACAUGGGAGGAUUUGGAGGAAUUAGCCGAAUGGGAGGAAUGGGUGCUAUAGAUGACUUCAGAGGGAGCAUGGGCAGUGGAAUGAGUGGAGGGAUAGGGACUGGCAUGGCAGGAAUGGGAACUGGUAUGGGCGGCCUGGGAAGCAGCAUGGGAGAAUUGUAUCGUGGUGGAAUGACUAGUAGCAUGGAAAGAGACUUUGGACGUGGUGACAUUGGAAUGAAUCGAGGCUUCGGGGACUCUUUUGGUAGAAUUGGUGGUGCAAUGAUUGGAGGUUUUGCAGGAGGAAUGGGAGCUUCUAACAUGGGUCCAGUAGGAUCUGGCAUGAGUGGUGGAAUGGGUGGUAUGAACAGCAUGACUGGAGGAAUGGGGAUGGGACUUGACCGGAUGAGCUCCAGCUUUGAUAGAAUGGGACCUGGUAUGGGAGCUGUACUGGAAAGAAGCAUUGAUAUGGAUCGAGGAUUUGUGUCUGGCCCAAUGGGAAGUGGAAUGAGAGACAGAAUAGGCUCCAAAGGAAACCAGAUAUUUGUCAGAAAUCUGCCUUUUGACUUGACUUGGCAGAAACUAAAAGAGAAAUUCAGUCAGUGUGGUCAUGUAAUGUUUGCUGAAAUAAAAAUGGAGAAUGGAAAGUCAAAAGGCUGUGGAACAGUCAGAUUUGACUCACCAGAAUCAGCGGAAAAGGCCUGUAGGAUUAUGAAUGGCAUAAAAAUCAGUGGCAGAGAAAUUGACGUACGCCUGGACCGUAAUGCAUAAUUUCAAACUACA